AUGCGGCCUCAUAUCGCGAGGCACAUCCUUGAGAGGGUGAACACACGCCGAGUUGGAAAAGCAGCCCCACGGGUUUAUUCCCGAUGGCCUUUGGCUCCCAGAUCCGCCAAGGACGAAGGUUCCUUCGUCUCGAUAACCCUUAGCUCGGCAAAGAAGUCUACGAAGAACAUGCCGUGUACCAAUGUGCCGAUGGAGUGCAUAUUCUGUAACCAAUGGGAAUGGAAAUACUCUGUGAGUCGCAAUGUUGACGAAUUACACGCCGCCGAUGCGAAACUGAGGAAGACCGACUCGAUAGGUCGACAGUUUCUGGAGGAUAUUUUUGUGAGCGAAGACGCGAAGAAAGCUGUGGGCGUAAUGCUCGAAAAGGGUAUAAAACGAAUGGGUGGAACCCUUGGUACACACAAAACCAAGGUGGAACUUCGUGGGAACACCACGGGGAGAACUGGGGCCAAACCCAAAGGUGGCAAAGGAAAAGGUCGACGGGACACCCGCAGCGAAUCGAGCGACUCUUCCAGCGAGUCGAGCGAUGAACAAGAAGAAGAAGAGGAGGAUUGGGAGAGGAGAAUGAGGAAGAAGACGAAGAAGAAGAAGAAGAAGAACGAUCACGAGGAGGAGGAGGAGGGGUACAUGAAGACGAUGAGGACGAGGGAAAGAAGUCGGGGGUGA